AUGAGGACGAUGCUCCAGCUGUUGAAAGAGGGUUACAAAUUCGUUGAACUAAUCAGACACCGAUUUCCAAGAAAAGUCCAUGCUGUCAGGAUUCCACUUCGUCGUGGAUUUUAUCAGCGAAAAGAAGAUAAAGAAGUUAUGAAUACGUUGAAACGCCUCUGCAAAAAUGGUAAUUCCUCGCGCGUGAAGACCCUGAUUUUACAUGGGCCAGCAGGACACGGUAAAGUGCACUGCGCGGCAAAUCUGAUGGAUCAACUUUACACUAAACCUGUACGCUCGCGAUUCUUUUGGAACCAACCAUGGAAUUUUCGAAACAGACCAACAGUCCUGUGGACAAUCAACGCAACAAAUAAAGAAACGAUGCUCGAAAGUUUCUGUAGCCUUGCCAAAGAAAUCGGUCUGACUAAACAGGCCAAGGCUGCAAAUCAGGAACUAUCACUUUUCAGCAGAACAUCAGAAGGAAGACAAUACCACAUGAAUCUUCAAAAUCAAUGUCAAGAAAAUGCCUACGACAAACCUUUGAAACAAAUUUACGAAGAAGUUAUGAAGACCAUCAGACGGCACGGCUCCUGGGUGCUAUUGAUAGAAGGUGCUAAAGAAGAUAGGUCAAGUCAACAACAAUUUUGGCCGUCGCCAGGUGAUCCAAGCCUUGGAAAUGGUCUGGUGAUCAUGACCACCGAAGAUUCUAAGUUACUGCAAGAGGAAGGUGAUGACUAUCCAUUAGCGAAGGUGUUCAUCGGUAAAAUGACGAAAGAAGAUGCAGUCAAAUUUCUUGCGAAAAAAAGUGGUAUGCCUUUAACUGUUGCUGAACGCUUCGCAAAUCUGGUACAUUUCAUUCCCCAGGAUAUAGCAAAGUGAGUUCCUUUACCUUAAAAGAAACUAAAGCUAAGUGUUCGAUUUGAAUACCUUGAGAGUUUCUUUCUAAUCCUCUUCACAAUCAAUCAUUAACCAAUGAAUCAACCAAUCAGUAAAAAUCAUGAAUGAUCAACUCACGGUAGACGGUAACUCAUCAGAGACCAUCCCUUUAUAAAGCAUUUUAGAGGUUAUAUAUCUGUAAUUUUAAUUGUUCCAAUAACAGGUUUGGAGCUUUUAUGAGGGAAUACCAAGAAGAAACGAAUAGACAACUAAAUUUUGAAAAUUUACCAGUACCACCGAAAGGAGUUUCAUUCCCCGAGUAUUUUACCAUGAUGAUGGAACUAACACGUGAAAAUCAAACGCAGGUAAGCUCAAAAUUUUUAGUUUAUCUUGCCGUACGGAGAGCCAGACUACCAAGUUUCAGAAUUGCGAUGUUAGAGAAUUAUACCUAGAUUAAUGGUUGAACCGGUCUUCCUUCUAUAUGUCAGUUCGGCAGUGUUCUAAUCACUAACAUCUUUGGUUCUCUCGUUUAUCCUUAGCUGUUAAAAUUCUUGGCCUGCUGCUCUAGUGAGAACUACUUGCCCCUAGAAAUUCUAUGUAAAGGUAUUACAGGUCCAUUGGAACAAGCAAAUUUCGAAAAAUUUGUUGAUCUCUCCGUGAGAGAAGAAAUUAAAGUGGUAACCUUACAUCCAAGACACCACACCAUGCUCAGAGAUAUACUCUGUGGGCAAAGCCAAAGUGAUACCGGUUAGUUGCCAGCUAACAUUUAAUAUUAGCUCUGUCAUUUAAUGUAAGCAACUGCUGACAGAAUAUGCAAUGAUGACUUGGAAAUCUAAGUUCCAUUAGUAAUGGCCGUAAAACCCUGAGUCUGUGAUCUAAAGAAAAAACGGAAGUAUAGUAAAUAAAUACCGUUAUGUUUCAGCAAAGUUAACCUAGAGGGCAAUGAAAGCUGCUAAUCUCGCCUGCAUCUCAGAGAAUUAAUAGCCUUUCGCUUUUUUGAGUAAGGGUUCCCUUGGAGUAAACAACUCCUAACUUCAUUGACACUUUGGAACAGAUACGAAAAUAAAGGCAAUCACCGGAUCUUUCUUUAGCCAAAAUACUUCAUAUUUGUGGAAUGAUUAUAAUGGGGCACAACCUUCUCAUAGAGAUUAUUCAUGAUAGAUUUUUAGAUUCUAAUUAUAGAUCAUUCCCUCUAUUUCCCUACAGUGCUUUAUUGUUCUAACGUUCUAAUUGUUCUACUCCUUUUGACGACGACAUUAUACUUUCAAAUCUUAAUCAAGACGCGGUCUCCUUCUUUAUUUUCUCUUGGUGUUUAUAAAUCGUAUUUCCUUUAGUGGGAAAAUUUUAUUCAUUUAUUAUUUCUCCUUCUUUAUUUUCGUAGAAAAGACAUGGACGUACGCAUUGAAAUUUCGCUUCUGGCCAAAAAAACCACGCAACAUAAACACUCCUACUUUGUCGUGUCUCGAUGUCUCUCACGUGAUUAAAUGUCUGAGCGAGGUAUGCAAAGAUGCUUUACAAAACAACACGGAUAUAGACUUCAAAUUGAUGCGCUUCGUUUUACCACAUCUGAAAGAAGCUGUGAAGGUAUGCACUAAAACAGCUGUUCCUGUAAUGACUAACUACUGAUCUGAUCUUGGAAAGAUAAAAAAAAGAAUACAAAAUUCGCUUUUUCCACCCUUUUACACCCUUUUUCCAAAACCUAAGGCUUAAAAGACAAUGAACUCUGGAUAUGUGGUUGCGGUAUUGGCAAAAAUCUUAGUAUUGUCCGAUGAUGAACCUUUUGAAAUAUGGAAACAGUCUGGAGACCAAAAUGUUUGAUGCCAAAUGAUUAAGAAAUGUCAUCAUGGAUUUAAGGCAAGACUUCUUCUCUAAGAAAUAAACUUCUUGUCACCCACCCAGUUCUCAUGGUUUCUAGCGAAUUUUUCAGUACAUUUGGCAUUCUUCAAUCGGAUUUCUAGAAAACUUUGCCAAUCAAAUACUUUACAACUGAUAGAUUUUCUCGCCUCUUAAGAUUUUUCUGAUUCACAUUUCGAAAACCCAUCUUCCUUUUUUUGAACAUUUGCCGGGAAAAUGAAAUGUAAAGAACACCACAAAUGACACAAUAAACCGCGUAUUUCAAGGAAUGUGGCGUGUAACAUUGCAAGGAAAUAAAGGGCAGGAUUUUGCUGUACAAACCUCUUAAUAGUAGUCUCCCACUCGUAAUGAUGUCCUAAUUUUAAAAGUUCAAACAAAAUUGCCAAUACAGCCCCUAGUGAGCCAGCAGUUUAACUAAUUAAUAUCUGAAAAAUUCGAUCGGGACGAUUGUAGAAAAUGCACAGCUAGGACAUCUGUGCUAAACUAACUUUGAAUCGAGUCAGGUGUGGCCUUGCGUGAACAAGGAAAAAUGCAUAUGAGUGGGAGUGAAUGAUGCAUUUAAUGCAUAAAUUACAUUGAAAAAAAAAGUUUUUUCCUUAAAGCUCAAGGACAAGUUGAAACUAGAAGGAGAAUUCGACCCCCUCGUCAUGGCUAAUGGACAUGCCUGUCUUGGGGAAGGUUUGCUCAUCUUUGGAAGGCCUGAAGAAGCAAGGGAGAACCUAAAGAUUGCUCUAGACCUCUUCAAGAACUAUGAAGGCCAGGAGAAUGUGCAACUUGACCUGGCAAAUGUGUGGCACUUCCUGGGAGAAGCUCACAGCAACAGGUAUAAGUUGAAUCCACACAUUUUACGCGCAACUAGAUAAUGCAUAGUUUUCAACAUCGACAUCACAAAUUUAACAUGCUCGUUGUUUUGCUUUCAUGUUAAAUUUUAAGAAUCCAGUUUACUUCAUUUUGAUACGAAAAUAGAGGCAAUUGACGCAUCUUAAAGAUAGAGAAAGCUUAAAAAUAGCAUCAAUUCAUGCCUGACCGUAAUUCAAUGUUUUUUGACCAAUUUUGUUGCUGGUUAUUUUUUGUUUUAUUCAAUGCUGAACAUGUCAAUAUGAAGAAAAAACUCGACCCUAAUACACAAAAUAAUAUUUUUAACGAUUGCACUUCUUUACGUUAAUAAACCUUAGCCUCAAGGGCCAGAAGAGGUCGCUGUUAUAAUAUCUCUACGAAGAAUAACAAUUCGGAUUACCUUUGUUAAAGAAAACGAAAGCAUAAUAUUAGCCAUUGAAAUCUGGGGAGAUACUUGUGAAGGAUACCGAUGCUAUAUACCAACACAUAACAGAAGCUCUUUCCCUUUCUAGGGAAGUUUCUUUUUUUCUUUUUUUUUUUCUAAUUUUUUUUUAAAUCCAAUAUUUCCAAUUUUAAGGCAGGAAAAGUGCGAUGACAUUACCGGAAUAAAUCGCAGUGUAGGGUCCGUAAAUCUGCUGAGGAUCGCGAUAUACACAGGAAGAGAAGAGAGACAAUCAGUUGAAGCUUAGGCAGUAAGGAUACGUUAUAGCAAGUAUAGAAUUUUAGUUGCAUUUCAACUGAGGAUUCGAAUUAAAGGUACAGAUUCUUGAAAUGUCAGAAGUCUCAUGGGUUAAUUUAUGAAUUUAUAGUCACCUCGCGAGCCCGUGGGAAGGAGAAAUGUAUUUAGAAAUAGCCUUGCAAGAGAAAUGGCGGUUCUACAAAGGAGAGGAUCACCCACAGAUUGCUUUGACUCUACGAAGUCUUGGAAAUGUGUUGAACGAACUGGGAAUACAUACUAAAGCUAUGUAAGUAUCGAAGAAAGUUAAUUAUAGCCCAGAGAUAACCUUCGGUAAGUUAUUUUCAAAAUUCAUUUUCAAAAGAUCCCGCAGCUCUUUAAUUUUGAGAAAAUGAUGAGAAAUUUGAAAAAGAAGUCAGAAAAGUCGAGGUGUUGCGCUCCAUAGAAUGUCCUAGACAAAGUAACACUUACGUUAAAAUUACCUAAGUUAACGUCAACCGUUGCACAAAGUUUAAUCGGACAUCCGGAUCCACAAUCUUUACGCGUUCACAAUGAAAUGAUCAUGACGAAACAUUCCGAUCCACUUUUAUCCAAAACUUCAACGACAACAAAUGACAACGGCAACAAAAUGUAAGCAAUGUUUAAAAUCAGAUAAAUGUUCUUGUUACCUAAAUCUUUUUUUCUCUUCGAAGCCGUAAAAAGCCAGUUUGAUGAUUCCCUUCUGACAUUGCAGCUCUGGACACAUCACUCACAAAAAACUAAAAUUCCUUGAACAGAAAUCAGCGAAACUCACUCUUGAUAGCGACCGCCCUGUUCAUCAACCCCAAGUUAGCUUUAAUGAAACCUUCAUCAGUUCUUGAGAAAAUCUAUUCUCCUUCCUGUUUAAAUAUUGUGUGGGUAGAAUGUAUAGCUUGUGAUGAGAAGCAGGGCACUAAGAAAACCACUGGCUGAUUAAUAACUACAAUUAACAUUUUCCCAUUUUUUUACUUUUAAAAGCCAGAAAGAUACUUUAGACUUUGGAGGGUUCAGACAGGAAGCGAAAUAUUGCUUCUGCUUAAUUUAUUAAAAAAAUUAUAUUCGCAGCAAACUCGAUAUAUUCUCACAAGAGUUUACGAACGGCUUUGGCUUGCCUUAUAGUUUGAGGCCUCGAGCGAAGCAAACUGGAGGGAGAUCUGUGAGGGGUUUGACAUCGAUGAUUAGAUUAAGUUUAGAUUAACAUGCGAGGGUUACUCUUUCUCAUGUAUCAAAAAAGUUCUCUUUUGUCUCAGUAACUUCAUCCAAAGAGCCCUGAAGAUUUAUGUCGAUAAAGAAAACUUCAAACAGGAAUAUGGUUACACCCUGAGUGCAUUGGGAUCUUCGUACCGCUACCUUGGUCUGUAUGGUAAAGCAGAGGAGAACUUAAAAAAGGCUCUCAAAAUCUUUGAAUCCGUGGAAUCACCAAGCGAACUAAGGGUAAUGUAAUACUUAGAGAUCACAGCGAUAAUUUUACAUUUACGUUCUAGUUGUUUUCAGCCUUGUCACAAUUUUCCUUCCCGAACAUUAUUACUUAUAAGGCUCCAGUCUAACAGUUAAUUUGAGAGUGCGGUAUUGGACCUUGUUGAUCCAUAUGUCUGCAGAUAGCAUUCAUAAUAUCAUGCGGGAGCUAUGCUCCGGAUCUUAUAACAUUUAUGAACCAGUGGAGCAGAUGAAUUCUGUCUGGAAACUCUUGCAAAUACUCGGUGUUUCAUUUCAUUCUUGAAGCCCACAGGUCACUCCGGAUGUCUUAUUAGACGCUAUGACUUUUUGUCCAACAGGGAUACAAAAUUAGAUUUACCUCAAAUACUACAUUUUUACACCAGAUAAUUAUGUCUUCAAGCUUCACGUUUUAGGAGACUAAACGGAUCUCGAGUUACAGACGUAUGAUGAAUUGCAAGUCCAACAUAACUUGUUGUGAAUGGGGAUUAUUCCCUUUCAUGACACGAGCUAUGUUAUCUGAGAAGCUAGAUAGUUGUCUGCACUCGCCCUCCAUAAUAAUACUGAUUUUUCCGAUAUAUAAACUUUCUGGCAAUGUGAUAAAAAAGCGCCACAAUGCUCACAGUUUGAUUCUGAUGUUAUGGUGGUAAGCCUUCAAUGUUCCAGGUUAAAUGGCUGCUUGCCAUCGUUGUUCUUGUAUUUGUUAUGAAAUUCCUUCAUACUGUCAUCCAGGGCCCCUUUAUUUCCAGCAAAGUAAGCUGUAGUUGCAUUUUGGAAGAGUGACAAUUGUUUACAUUUUGUAGAGGAAGUAGAUUAAAGAAUCAGCAAAACUGAUCCAACUUUCUACGCGGGCGCAUUGCACGUAAUAAGCGUUUAAGGUGUCUACACGAAAAGUCUCAGAAUAGAGCAUUUGUCACAACAAUUGUUUGCUCACAUCAAUGAAACAUAACGAAAAUAUCUUCUAAAUAACUAUGUCACUGACCUAAGACCCCCCCGCCCAAGCAAGACUAACAUUCUAUCUUAGAUAUAGCCAUAUCAGUUUUAAAAAGCUAAAACAAGAUAUCAUAUAGAAUGUCUUUCUUUAGGAUUUUCCAUAUUCUAAAUGGCCAAAAUUUCAAUUAAAGUUACGUCUGUUGAUUAUUGGAAAUUUCUGUAAAAAAUACCGUAAUCAGAUGGAAAUAAGUGGCAUCAUCAAGGAAAUUCAGAUUUUGAAAGUGUUUCGACUGAAACCCCGCACAAAUGCUUCGGUGCUCUUGUUUUCAAAAGGGAGUUCUAUAAUUUUUUCAUGUCAGCUUGAGUAAAGGCUAUCGCGGAGGUGUAAAAAUAAACAUCUCGCCGCUAUAACUGUAAGUGUGUCACAAGAGACAUAAAUUGCAAAAAUACCUUGUUUUCUUCAAAAAAUCAGAGUUUGAUCACUAAAUCACCCCGAAGUCCAUCAAAUUUGUCUUUUUGGACGUCAUACUUCUACUUUGCCCCUUCAGCUUUCACAGCUGUCGCUGCUGUUCUUGGUCCAACUUGGAUGGAUUGUAGGUCUGUUCUGUAAGCAUCAUAUUCCAUUCUGGCAGAUUCAUAAGCUUUCACCAUCACGAUGGAAUCCUCUGUGGUCUUCUGCACCAGAUUCGUCAAGUUAGAUGUAAAAAGCUUAAGUGCCCCAAGAAGAACUUCUCCAUUUUUAACCAGUAAUCUCUGGUACUCAGCAUUGUAGUUAAAGUCAUCCUGAAGUUCAGGAAGUUUUACCUCUAAAUCUGCAAAGGCAUCGGCAAAGACUUCGUUGACUUUGAACCAUAUUCUGAAAAUGGUUCGUCAUCUGUUUUGCCAGUUUUAGAACAUUAAUAUACUUUACUUGGGUUUCUUUUAACAGAAGAAUUUGUCCUUCAAGUUCUUUGUCCACAGUCUAUGUGCCUUUACCAAAACUUUCAGAAAAAUACUGCCUGGCAAAUUUUUAGGUUGAAAUACUCCAUUUCUUUAACUGAUCUAUUUUCUGAGACGCAUUUGCUCGAAUUAGAGCUUGGGAAAUGGGAUGACUACUUAAAGUCGUAUCUUCAAAUGACUGCCAAAGCGUGUUGUGGAGAGUCCUGUUGAGAUUUGGUCAGCAACAAGCGUUAAAGAUUUAUGCAAAAAGUUAGUGCUUUAAGGCUUUAGGUAGAGCCAACUAUAAAAUAUUUGUUGCGCCAAAAUAUCUGAGGAGAUACACUACCUCUUUGACUCUUUUAAACAAGCUCUUCUUGAGAGGUCUUAGAAACACAGUGAACCGUGGCGUUUUUAGCAGAGGUUAAGCGCUUCCUACUUAGCCAAACUAAUGCCGUUAGAGCAUGCUAACUUGAACCUCUUCAACUAAUAAACCAGUUUCUUCCAAUUUUUAUUAUUAAUGUAAUAUAUGGUAUUUAACCAUCACUUUUUCUGUUAUGGUUAUCCUCCGUUUAUUGUAUUUCAAUUGGUAGAUGUAGAGUUACUCUGUAGGGAUGUUACCAAUAAACUUGUCCUAGACAGGGAAUUGGUUUUGGCCUAUAUAGCUCUGUGAUUUGUUGCGCGCGUACAAAGGAUCUCUAUUUCUUUUCUUCCCAACGAAAUGAGGAAAACUUCACGAAAAAUGGAGUUUGAAGACUUUCAGAGACGAUAAUUACUACUAAGUGAGCGUAUUCCCUAUCUUUACUUCAUGGCCUGUAUGUCGUAAUUGAACACUUCUGGAUCCGCCUCUAAAUAUGUGGUUGAGUGUACCAAAAACCGAUGAAUACGAUUUUGACACAGUAUCUGCCGAUUAAUUUUCUUUAGUUUUCAAAUGUGCAUAUCAACGGAUUCCGAUUAAUUUUCAGUGGUAAACUUGUUUGAAAUAUUGAGCGUUGGAGGAUCCUUUCCGAUAUCAAUAUGAAUAGGGACAAUUAAAUUGAAAAAGAGAAUGGAGAACCUGUUUAUCAACUUUAGAAAAUAAUUCACGAAUAUUCCAUACAAUAUUCGUAAUCCACAAACUGAACUCUAGAUUAUGUUUUCCACGAGGAUUGGGAAGUUCAUUUUUCAUGUUUGUUAAAAUAAAUUUGAAGUGUGCUUAUAGUAAAAAAGUAUUAUCUUAUCUAAUUUUUCUCACCGCAGUUGUUUAGAGGGCAAGAAAUCUGUAUGCAGAAGAAAUCUCGAGAGAACUUGCAAUAUUUUUUGCAAGUAUCUAUCGAAGAAAAUUUUGAAACUCGCAACCUUUGGGUGAUAGCAGAAUAAAAUGGCAUUAAGUAAUAAAAGUAUAACGAGAAGAGUAAAAAAAAUCUUGAGAGUGUUAAGUCAAUGGCCACCUUAAACCACAUAGUUUAUUUUCAUUGGGUUGUUCUAAUUCAGUGUUGUUUAAAACAUAAUCGGUAAGGAUAUGUCUAACUGACUGCAAUUAUCUGGCGUGAACAAACCGAGUGACUAAAUGGUCUCAACCUAAAAACCUUACCUUUCAGAUUGGCGUGACACUCAGCCGUUUGGCCUCUGUGCAAAGAAAUAUGGACAAACUAGAUGAGAGCAUUACUUCCUUGGACAUGGCACAUAAAAAGUUUGGAUACAACAACAUUUACAGUGCAGUUAUUUUAUCAAAGCUUAGCGUGGUGUACCGCUACAAGGGGGAUUUUGAAAGAAGUGUCCAGUUUGCGUUGAAAGCUAAAACAAUUGCAGAUGAACAAUGUGGCACAAAAAGUCAUCCUGGUAUGUUGUUGUUAAUUCUCAUCGUCUUCUCCACAAUGUUAUCGUUUUGUUAUCAAUAAAACGAAGAGGUUGAACUAUUCAUUACAUUAGCUACGCUAAUCCUUGAGAAGUUUUGAACUCAAGAGGAUCUUUUUUCGUUACAGCUAGAGCUACAGCACUGUUAAAUCUCGGACAUGCGCAAAGUGAUGUGGGAGAUGUAGACGAUGCAGUGAGAAGUCUUAGAGAGGCGUUAGAUAUCAACAAGGAAAUCCACGGUAGUAACCAUCGCAUUGUGGCCGCCAACUAUAAUUAUUUAUCGUAUGGCUACCUACAGAUGGGAAUGGUUCCACAAGCCAAGAAAGAGCUACUAAACGCUCUAAAGGUUAUGCACCAUUACUUUCACUUUCACCCAGGUAAUAAGCGACAUUGUUACUUUCAAUUGCAGAAACGGCUCGAAACUUACUCUUGAAUCCUAGAAAUGGAUUGAGUUAAGGGCCCCUUUCAUAUUUUAGGAUGACGAGUGAGAAGACAUUUUUUCUUUUAUAAUGACCUGUGUCACUCCAACAGCUUUUUUGUGUUAACAAUCAUUUAAAAAAUUGACUGGAGAGAGUUUUCCCUUCAACCAGAAUUAUAUUCUACCCAGAUAAGGUGCUAAGCCGAGGACAUGCAAGUCGUUACAAAUGAAAAUCAGGAUCUCCUUACUCGCAAAACACUGCGAUAGCGAGAGAUUCCCCAACGAUUGUAAUAAUUUCGAUCAAUGCAUAUUAGACCCCAAAAUCAAAGAUGACGUAUUAACGCUACGGCUGUUUUCUUUCCUUUUAGAGAGAGCUAAUUCUCUAAAGAGGCUAAGCAAGGUCUGCUUAAUCCUCGGGGAAACCGUCAGAAGCGCAGAUUUAGCAGACCGUGCUCUCCAAAUCUACAAAGAAACGCAUGGAGAUACCAUGGAACAUAGAGAGGUAAGCCAAAAGACACCGCACAGUUGGUGAGUUAGAUUUUUAUGAUACGUAGAAGUACAGUGGCCUGUGAAUUUUCCUUUUGUUUGGAAGGAGCCCUUUUCAGGAAUACUGUAGUUAAAGAGUCAAAAUGUUUGCUCCAGUCUAGGUAUGUUAAAUAGGUAAACUUAUCUUACGAUAUACAUAGUAGGCCUAUCGAACAGUUUGUCGAUUUUUCGUGAAUUUCACCGCCAGUUAUGGGUAAAGGAACCUUUUUCAGCUCUUUUUUCGCUAUUUUUUCGCCACAUAACUUGCUCAGUUUAGCCGUGCUUCUGUUCAGUAAUAGAUCACAGCUGACGUUCAUAAUGUGGUAAGAACGAAACAGUGGCACACAAGGUGAAGCCGAUUGUGUCACUGGCGUUCUCGCCACAUUUUGACGUCUUUCAAUGAACUGUACAGACCCACGGCAAUAUGGAAUCUAUUUGUUUUACGUGAUAGAAAGCAAAAUGUUGAAAAUGGUGAGGUCAUCUAUGUGUCUGUCCUCCUGCAUGUCGAAUCUAGCUUAUCAUAUGAAAGAGAUCGCAUCCAUCUAUUUAAGCCAGCAAAAAUUUUUGUUCAAAGUGACUGGCUGAAGCAGUAUUGCGUAAAAAGAAUGUCGAGACCUUACAGAUUUCCUAUAAUUAAAAGAUCACAAAGACAUUUGGCCGAGGUCGAUCGCGGCAUUAAGAGAACAUAGCAGUAGCAUUAGGAAUUUCUAACCAAGACUUUAAGUUAGGCUUUCAAACCAGUGUAACAAUAGUUGUUAAUAAAUAUCGAUUAAAAAUCAGAAUCAAAACAUGAGCGAGGAUUAAACAUAUUUAAUGCCUUGACACACAAUGGGGGAACCAAGUUCUCCAAGUUCGUGACAUUGAUUCGUUUCCCUAAAAAAAAAUAAAAACUCCUUAUAUUAAGACAAAAAUGAUAGAUAUUCAGAAAUACAGUUCCUCUUAAAGAUAGAGCCUCCGAUUAAAUACCAUGGAAAUAGCCCUAGCAAGGAGAAACAAAAUAAAACGAACACCUGACUUCACCUUUUACCAAAUAUCCUGCAAAGUGGAACUCUAUUGAAGGUAACGAGUACAUACAGACGCAUAGGGGCGACACACCAGAAAAUUUAAUCGGAAAGUUUAAUGAUACUCGUCAUUCCACAAAUUGUUUCCAUGACCGCUUCUUCAUAACAUGGUCCCAAAAGUUUGAUAUUUUUUCAAAUUACCUUCACACCCUUACGUCUACAAGUAAGCGGAUUUUGAAAUUUCAGAUCCGUGCUGUGUUUCGAGACAAAUUUAGGUUGAUCACAGAAUUCGAUUAGGACUUGUAUCGUAACACACGUGUCUAGUUUCUCUCCACUCGUUGGCAAACAGAUUUCAACUCAACAGUAAUGAAGGGAACACCUCGGUAUUUUGUACCCCUUUCCCCAACUAUCAGGGCUUCUACUAGCAAGGACGAAAUUUGUUUCCACAUUUGAUUUCGAUAGAUUAACAGGUAACUAGAUGCCUUUUCUCUUAGUGGGGUAACAACAUAAAGAUGGAAAUUAUCGUUUAAAAAUUAUCAAUUAGUAGGCGGCAAAAAUUCUAGUGCAUUGUUUAUUUCAGGUGCGGAGGGGAGCAGUUCGGGUGGCUUACGCUUGCUCAAAGCUAGGUUUGUUUGACAUGGCUAAAGAAUAUCUCAGAGAAGUAGAACUUGGUUUUCCCAUACGCCAAGAAAUUAGGUCCCACCCCGAAUUUGCCGUACUUCUCCGGAAGAAAACCGAAAUUGCUUUAGAUAGCUACGAAUUCCACUGGCCUUUGAACGAGGUGGACGUCCAAGGAAUACUUUCACAGGCAAACGAGGAUUUACUCCAAACAGAAGAAAUCUUAAGCAACUCAUUUCAAUUUAAACGACAAAUCGCAUCAACAAAGAUGGAAAAAGCGCGGUUAAGCAUACUUAUGGGAAAUUACGGCAAGGCGUAUGACGACAUUCGCUCAGCUCUAAACAAUCUCCCGCGGUAUUGCGAUUAUUUGAAAGCAGAUUUUUCAUUGAUAAUGAGUGAUGCUGAAAGAGGCCUAAAUAUGGUUAAUAGAUCAAAGGUGUCUUUGGAAACAGCUGAAAAUAUUUAUCGAAAUAUUUUUGGCGACGACCAUCCAAUAGUUGCAGUCACUUUGCAAAAGCAGUGUUCUCUACAUUUGGAUUUCGAGCAUAAAAGUAACACUGGCAAGAACGAAGCCCGUAAAUAUUUUGAAGCAAGUCACCAAGCUUGUGAAGUCCUUAAAAGUAACUUGGAGCAGCAGCUUGCCGGUAUCCAAACAGAUUUACUCAGAAACUACAGUUUUGACCAACACCCUAUUCUUAAACGACAGAAGUCGCUUCAUAAAAGGUUAACGCGCAAUCAAGGUGCUUGGUGA